GCAAAGCGGGCAUCCCUUUGGCAGAGAUCUCAACAAGUCAAGAGGCUGGAUAUCUUCUUGUCUCACACCUGGCACACGCGCGGCUGGCGGAAGGUCCUCGCGCUGGUGGUGCAGCUCGGGUCCUACAACUUCUUGAUCGGAUGGCUGCUAGGGGUGCUUGCUGGUGUUGUUCUGGACGCUGCCCUGGACAUCCCCAAGAUGGUGCCAGCAGGACCGGCAGUCUGGAUGGGUGGCCUUAUUGGCUCGAUUUUUGGAUUGCUGGCCUCACCGUACAUACCGAGCUGGGCAACAUGUGGGAGGGAGCCCAAAGAGAUGUGCUUCCUGGACGUGGCCUGCAUCAACCAAGCGGACCCAGACCUCAUGACACGUGGCAUCUACAGCCUGGGCGGUUUUCUGGCGGUGGCUUCGGAGCUACGCGUGCUGUGGAGUCGUCCUUACCUUACCA